UUGUUCCCUUAGAUUUUUCACAAGUCUAUGCACAGUCGUGGAAGUAUGAACGGAGCCGUCCCAGGCCGGGCCUUAAAGUGUCAGUGCAAUGGCUACAGAGGAACGUCGUGUUGCCCUGAUCACCGGUAUCACCGGCCAAGAUGGUUCGUACCUCGCGGAAUUUCUCCUCGAAAAGGGUUACGAAGUGCACGGAAUUAUCAGACGUGCGAGUUCCUUCAAUACUGGAAGGAUUCAGCAUUUAUAUGCAGAUCCCAAGAGUCAUCGUCAUGGCAAAAUGAAAUUACAUUGGGGAGACAUGACGGACUCUAGUGGAUUAGUCAAAGUUAUAUCUGCCGUUCAACCUACAGAGAUUUAUAAUCUCGCAGCGCAAAGCCACGUCAUGGUGAGUUUCGAAUUGAGUGAAUAUACAGGGGAAGUAGACGCCAUUGGAACUGUGCGUCUCCUCGAUGCCAUAAGAACUUGUGGCUUGGAGAAAAAAGUCAAAUUUUAUCAGGCAUCUACUUCAGAGCUGUACGGUGGCAAGGACACGACGGUUCCGCAGAACGAACAGACUCCGUUCUAUCCCCGUUCACCAUACGCUUGUGCUAAACUUUAUAGCUACUGGAUUGUCAUAAAUUAUCGCGAGGCGUAUGGAUUGUACGCUUGCAAUGGCAUUCUGUUUAACCACGAGAGCCCGAGGCGGGGUGAGAAUUUCGUUACGAGGAAGAUCACUAGGGGUGUGGCGAAAAUUCAUGUCGGAGCUCUGGAUGUUCUGGAGUUGGGGAAUUUGGAUGCUGUGAGGGAUUGGGGCCACGCCAGAGAUUAUGUUCGGGCCAUGUGGAUGAUGCUCCAGCAGGAGACUCCUGAAGAUUACGUUAUAGCGACCGGAGAGAGCCACAGUGUCAGGGAAUUUGUUGAAACUGCCUUUCGUCAUGUGGGAAUUAAUAUCACGUGGACGGGGGAGGGCGUCGACGAGGUUGGAAGUGAUAAGGAUACUGGGAGAGUGCUAAUUCGGGUCAACCCAAAAUACUUUCGGCCAACGGAAGUCGUCAUGCUCCUCGGCGACUCAACGAAAGCGAAAACGAAAUUCGGGUGGCAGCCUACCGUCACUUUCCCGGAAUUAGUCAAAGACAUGUUGGACGCUGACAUUGAACUGAUGAAAAAGGACCCAACGGCCUAAUAAAUCUCCUGUAUUAACGAACAUUGUAAAAAGUCAUUCCAACACCAUUGAUAUAUUUUUAAGCCAUAAAACGUUGCAUUUUGUAACUUUUAUACGAUAACUGAGAUAAUUCAGUUGAUACGAAGAAUGUAAUUUUUAAGCACAAGUCUUUCUUAGAAAAGAAAGAAAUGAAAAUAAAGAUAAUGAUUAAUA